GACGGUUUGGUUCAUUAGUGCGGGUAUCCAGUGAGACGGGACACGUAAGACAGACCCAGUAGCACAGUGGUCACAGUGGUCACGACAUUCGCAUCCUUAUUCCCGAAGCUGCUUCCGUUUCUAUAGUGACUUGGAAAGAAGGACAACAGUAAAUCAACACAGAGGUGUCAAUGCUGUACUUUUGAAGGAUAUUAUCGUUGUGCUGCAAUCGGGCAAUAAUAAGGGAGAGUGACAUUAACUUGCCAGUCUUCUACAACUUCUGUGAAACCAGCACUCUGUCGAUCAGUUGUAAGAGUGUUUGUCGGAUUUGCGCGUAUUACCGGCGCUGCUGUUUCAGAAUAUUAUAUUUUCAUCUUGCUUUUUGGAUGCACCGAUGAGAGAUCCAGUUUUCACAGCGAACGCUAUGGCUUAUCACCCCUUUCACAUGCACAGGCCGGCAGAUUUCCCUAUGUCAGCUUUCCUUGCUGCGGCUCAACCCUCGUUCUUCCCAGCGCUCACUUUACCUCCGGGUCUCAGUAAACCUUUGGCGGAUCAUGCGUUCUCCGGCGCGGCUGAGGCUGGACUACACGCGGCGCUGGGUCAUCACCAUCAGGCUGCUCAUCUCCGCUCCUUUAAGAGUCUAGAGCCAGAAGAGGACGUUGAAGACGACCCUAAAGUCACAUUAGAAGCCAAAGAGCUUUGGGAUCAGUUCCACAAAAUAGGGACCGAAAUGGUCAUCACUAAAUCAGGAAGGAGAAUGUUUCCUCCUUUUAAAGUCCGCGUGAACGGCCUGGACAAAAAAGCCAAGUACAUUCUUUUGAUGGAUAUUGUUGCUGCAGACGACUGUCGGUACAAAUUUCACAACUCUCGAUGGAUGGUCGCAGGAAAGGCCGAUCCGGAGAUGCCCAAACGAAUGUACAUUCACCCGGAUAGCCCAGCCACGGGUGAACAGUGGAUGGCAAAGCCAGUUGCAUUCAAUAAACUCAAACUCACCAACAAUAUUUCGGAUAAACAUGGAUUUACCAUUCUAAACUCAAUGCACAAGUACCAGCCCAGGUUUCAUAUCGUUAGAGCCAACGAUAUACUGAAACUCCCAUAUAGCACCUUCAGGACAUAUGUAUUUCCUGAGAUGGAUUUUAUAGCUGUCACUGCAUAUCAGAACGACAAGAUCACACAACUGAAAAUUGACCAUAAUCCUUUCGCAAAAGGAUUUAGAGACACUGGGAAUGGAAGAAGAGAAAAAAGAUUGGUUUUCAGAAAGCAUUUAGCCCUGCCGUCGAUGCGCAUGUAUGAUGAUCAAUGUAAAGCGGAUAGAGAUGGAGAAGAUUCGGACUCAUCCUGCGAACAAUCUGCGGGGAGGGAUUCAGUUCACUCACCGACUGGACCAGUAUCAAGUCCACUUAAGUUCAACCGAUCCAGAGAUGACAAAAACUGCAUUGAAAGUGACAAUGAACUUGACCAACAGGAUGACAGCUCAAUCAGAGUUAGUAGUCCAGGCCAGGAACCACCAUCACCAUUCAGCCCGCAUUGUGAGGACAGAGUCAAGGACAGAUCUAACCUAGAAAAGAAAGGGGACUGUUCAAAUUUAAGGAAAGAGAAUGUCUUCAGUAUCCGAAACUUGGAAAAGGACAAGGUGGAAAGUAGGAAUAUGAAAGAAUCAGAUACCUCCAAAAAGGAUUUAGACUGUGUAGGCCUAAGCACGGUCAAAGAUGGCUUUUCCCCUCUGAUGGUUCAAACAGAGAGCCCAUCGCAUUUUAGUGCAAGUCACUUGCAAAGUCUAGCCCUCUCUGGUUUACAAAAUCAACAUUUCUUUAACCCACUGAGUACAGGACAACCCCUCUUAUUUCACCCUGGGCAGUUUGCUAUGGCUCCUAGUGCUUUCUCAACCAUGGGCAUGGGACACUUUUUAGCCUCGAUGUCUGGAGAAAGUGGACUAGAGAAUGGCGGCCUCUCGUCUCAGACUACCAGUUCACCAAAUCCUUUCCCAUUCCACUUAUCACAACAUAUGCUUGCAUCUCAGGGUAUUGCCAUGCAACCUUUCGGGGGACUGCUACCAUACCCGUACACAUACAUGGCGGCGGCGGCGGCGGCUGCAGCAGCUUCUGCUCUCCCGGCAGGCAGUGCCGCGUCCUCCUUCAACAGGAACCCCUUUCUCUGCAGCACGAGGCCAGGAUUGCGAUUCAGCCCCUAUCAGAUCCCGAGGUCUAUUCCCCAGAGCUCUGGUCUGAUCACCACCGGCUUAACAAGCACACUGAAUACGGAGUCAGAGUCAUCGAAAUCAGGCAGUAGGGAGAGCAGUCCCAUAUCAGAGCACCAAAGCCAUAAAACCAGAAGCAGCCAAAAUACGGGAUCACCCAAAUCAACAGUGAAGGAUUCAGUUAACGAACUGAAGAAUAUACAAAGAUUGGUCAGUGGACUGGAGAAACACAGGGACAUGUCUUCUGGAUGCGAUUCACCAAAGUGACCCAUGUAUAACACACCUAUUGACUCUUUCUGAAUGCAUAAUUUUGCUUACAAAAUAAAAUAAAUAAAAGUCAAUGUUUGACGGUGACGAAGGCUCAGACAUCCCUUAUCGAGUAGGGGUAAUAAUCCCUAUUUUCCGGAUCUACAAGGCAAGCUGGCGGCGAAUGACAAAUUUGAGGAAUUACUUAAAAUUUCUUAAGAAAAAGGUGCUGUAUUUCAUCUAUGGACUGUUCAUAAUUUGAACCGGGUUAUCAUGUAAAUCCUAAAAAAAAAAGAGAGAGAGAGAGAGAGAGAAAAAAAAUCUCUGACAACAUCUGAGGAUGGUCGACGUUUAAGUUGCUCAUGUCUGGGACCUAUUUGUUUUAUUUUUUUUUAUAAUUUAUAAUAAUAAAACGCAUAUGUAAAUAAGGUGAAUUGAUUACAGGAGAUGGAUUUUAAUUUAUUCAAAACUGUACAUUGGUGUAUAAAUAGCUUAGCCAAUUAAGUCUCAAUUUGUUACAUUUAUAUAUUGUUUUCUCAUUUGCAACUUGAAACAUUAUCUAGCGCUUGAAAGCAGGAAACCGAAUGGUUUUCUUGUUUUUAUUAUUAUUAUUAUUUUUUUUAUAAGUUUGCAAUAUUCUGCCAGAAAUACACGAAGGAGAAGCCACUUCACCAUAAAUAAAAAUGCUUUUCAAGGCUAUUUCACUUAUUGAUAAUUUUAACACAGCGGUGGUCCAUACAGCUCAGGUUUAUAAUCUUGCAUUGUGUAGUUUCUUUUAAGAGAUCUUUUUAAACAUCUCUUUGCUGGAUUUUCGGGUAAAUGAACGAUUUUGUUGCAUUCUCUAAAUUUCAA